AUGGUGGCCGGGAUGCUGAUGCCGCUGGAGCGGCUCCGCGCCAUCCUGGAGCUGCUGUUCCGCGAGGGCGUGCUGGUGGCCGAGAAGGACCGGCGGCCGCGGCGCGCCCACCCGCAGCUGCCCGGCGUCCCCAACCUGCAGGUGAUCCGCGCCAUGGCCUCGCUGCGCUCCCGCGGGCUAGUGCGGGAGACCUUCGCCUGGCGCCACUUCUACUGGUACCUCACCGACGAGGGCAUCGCCUACCUGCGGCAGUACCUGCGCCUGCCGCCCGAGAUCGUGCCGCUGUCCCUGCAGCGCACCCGCCGCCCCGCCGCCCCCGCGCCCGCCCGCCGCCCCGCCGCCCCGGCCAGGACGCGUCCCGCCGGCGGCGAGGAGCCCCGCGGCGCCCGGCUGGCCUACCGCAGGAAGGAGGAGGCCGGCGAGCAGCACGUGGAGCCUGCCGUCACCGCCGCCGCCGCCGCGGGGGGAGCGUCCUGGGCAGCCCCGGAGCCCGGCCCAGCCCCAGAUGAGCGAGACCGAGUCCAGAAGAAAACCUUCACAAAAUGGGUCAACAAGCACCUCAUCAAGGCUCAGCGUCACAUCAACGACCUCUACGAAGACCUGCGGGAUGGUCACAACCUCAUCUCGCUGCUGGAGGUGCUCUCGGGGGACACGCUGCCCCGGGAGAAGGGGAGGAUGCGCUUCCACAAGCUGCAGAACGUGCAGAUCGCCCUCAACUACCUGAAGCAUCGCCAGGUGAAGCUGGUCAACAUCCGCAACGAUGACAUUGCCGAUGGCAACCCCAAGCUCACGCUGGGCCUCAUCUGGACCAUCAUCCUGCACUUCCAGAUCUCGGACAUCCAGGUGAGCGGGCAGUCAGAGGACAUGACGGCCAAGGAGAAGCUGCUGCUGUGGUCGCAGCGCAUGGUGGAGGACUACCAGGGCCUGCGCUGCGACAACUUCACCACCAGCUGGCGGGACGGCCGCCUCUUCAACGCCAUCAUCCACCGGCACAAGCCCAUGCUCAUCGACAUGAACAAGGUGUACCGCCAGAGCAACCUGGAGAACCUGGACCAGGCCUUCACGGUGGCGGAGCGGGACCUGGGGGUGACGCGCCUGCUGGACCCCGAAGACGUGGACGUGCCCCAGCCGGAUGAGAAGUCCAUCAUCACCUACGUCUCGUCGCUGUACGACGCCAUGCCCCGCGUGCCCGACGUGCAGGACGGCAUUAAGGCCAAUGAGCUGCAGCUGCGCUGGCAGGAGUACUACGAGGUGGUGACGAUGCUGCUGCAGUGGAUUCGGCACCACACCGUCCUCUUUGAGGAGCGCCAGUUCCCCAGCAGCUACGAGGAGAUUGAGAUCCUCUGGCGCCAGUUCCUCAAGUUCAAGGAGACGGAGCUGCCGGCCAAGGAAGCUGACAAGAACCGCUCCAAGGCCAUCUUCCAGUCGCUGGAGGGCGCGGUGCAGUCCGGGCAGCUGAAGGUGCCCCCCAGCUACCACCCGCUGGACGUGGAGAAGGAAUGGGGCAAGCUGCACGUGGCCAUCCUGGAGCGGGAGAAGCUGCUGCGGGCCGAGUUCGAGAGGCUGGAGCGGCUGCAGCGCAUCGUCAGCAAGCUGCAGAUGGAGUCGGGGCUCUGCGAGGAGCAGCUCAACCAGGCGGACACCCUGCUGCAGUCGGACAUCCGGCUGCUGAAUGCCGGGAAGCCACCGCAGAAGGCGGCUGAGAUUGAGCGGGACCUGGACAAGGCAGAUGCCAUGAUCCGGCUGCUCUUCAACGACGUGCAGACCCUCAAGGACGGGCGGCACCCGCAAGGGGAGCAGAUGUACCGCAGGGUGUACCGGCUGCACGAGCGCCUGGUGGCCAUCCGCACCGAGUACAACCUGCGCAUCAAGUCUGGGGCGCCGCAGAUGGCCCAGACGACGGUGCCCCUGGGCCAGAGGCCCCGGCAGGACCUGGACGACGUCACGCUGCGGUACCUGCAGGACCUGCUGGCCUGGGUGGAGGAGAACCAGCGCCGGCUCAACGCGGCCGAGUGGGGCGUGGACCUGCCCACCGUGGAGUCCCACCUGGGCAGCCACCGCGGCCUCCACCAGUCCAUCGAGGAGUUUCGCGCCAAGAUCGAGCGGGCGCGCGCCGACGAGGCGCAGCUCUCACCGGGGCCCCGCAAUGCCUACCGCGAGUGCCUGGGCAAGCUGGACCUGCAGUACGCCAAGCUGCUGAACUCCUCCAAGGCUCGUCUGCGGCACCUGGAGAGCCUGCAUGGCUUUGUGAGUGCUGCCACCAAGGAGCUGAUGUGGCUCAACGAGAGGGAGGAGGAGGAAGUGAAUUUCGACUGGAGCGACCGCAACCCCAAUAUGGUGGCUAAGAAGGAGAACUACUCGGGGCUGAUGCGGGAGCUGGAGCUGAAGGAGCGGAAAAUCAAAGAGAUCCAGAGCACCGGGGACCGGCUGCUGCGGGAGGAGCACCCGGGCAGGCAGACAGUGGAGGCCUUCCAAGCAGCUCUGCAGACGCAGUGGAGCUGGAUGCUCCAGCUGUGCUGCUGCAUCGAGGCCCACCUGAAGGAGAACACUGCCUACUUCCAGUUCUUCGCCGACGUGAAGGAGGCUGAGGAGUUCCUGAGGAAGAUGCAGGAGAACAUGAAAAAGAAAUACUCCUGCGACCGCAGCAUCACGGUCACACGCCUGGAAGACCUGCUGCAGGACUCUCUUGACCAGAAGGAGCAGCUGGCCGAGUACCAGGGGCACCUGGCCGGGCUGGCCAAGCGGGCCCAAGCUGUGGUGCAGCUGAAGCCGCGCAGCCCCGCCACCCCGCUCAAGGGUCGGCUGCCCAUCCAGGCCGUCUGCGACUACAAGCAAAUGGAGAUCACGGUGCACAAGAACGACGAGUGCACCCUGCUCAGCAAUGCCCAGCCCUACAAGUGGAAGGUGCUCAGCGCUGCUGGCAGCGAGUCCAUCGUGCCCUCUGUGUGCUUCCUAGUGCCCCCGCCCAACCGGGAGGCGCUGGAUGCUGUGCACAGGCUGGAGUCCACCCAUCAGCACCUCCUCACGCUCUGGCACCAGCUGCAUGUGGACAUGAAGAGCCUCCUGUCCUGGCAGUACCUCAUCCGGGACAUCCAGCAGAUCCAGUCCUGGUCGCACAUCACGUUCCGCACCAUGCAGGUGGAUGAGUACCGGCAGAUCCUGCGCAGCCUGGAGAUGCACUACCAGGAUUUCAUGCGUGACAGCCAGGACUCACAGAGCUUCCAGCCCGAUGACCGGCUGCACAUGGAGCGCGAGUACAACGCCUGCACCCAGAAGUACGAGCUGCUGCUGCGCAGCCAGGAGAAAGGAGAGCAGGAUGAGUCCCUGUGCAAGAACUACAUCUCCCAGCUGAAGGACAUCCGGCUGCAGCUGGAGGGCUGCGAGACCCGCACCAUCCACAAGAUUCGCCUGCCCCUCGACAAAGACCCAGUCAAGGAGUGCGCCCAGCGCAUUUCCGAGCAGCAGCAAAUCCACCUAGAACUGGAGGGCAUCAAGAAGAACUUGGACAAGGUCAGCGAGAAGACAGAGAAGGUGCUGGCCCAGCCAGAGCAGGCCAGCUCAGCCCCUGUCUUGCGCUCGGAGCUGGAAAUCACCCUGCAGAAGAUGGACCAGGUGUACAGCCUCUCCAGCAUCUACUUGGAGAAGCUGAAGACCAUCAACCUGGUGAUCCGUAGCACACAGGGAGCAGAGGAGCUGGUCAAGAAGUAUGAGGACCAGCUGAAGAAUGUGCAGACUGUGCCUUCCGACCUCAAGGAGCUGGAAGACAGCAAGGCUGAGCUGAAGCGGCUGCGUGCUCAGGUGGAGGGUCAUCAGCCCCUCUUCAACACCCUGGAAACUGACCUGAGCAAGGCCAAGGACGUCAAUGAACGGAUGGUGAGGGGCCACAGCGAGCGAGAUGUGGACCUGGACCGUUACCGGGAGAAAGUCCAGCAGUUGCUGGAGCGCUGGCAGGCCAUCCUGACCCAAAUCGACCUGCGCCAACGUGAGCUGGAUCAGCUGGGCCGCCAGCUGCGGUACUACCGCGAGAGCUGUGAUGGGCUGCUCCAGUGGAUCCAGGAUGCCAAGCAGCGGCAGGAGAAAAUUCAGGCGGUGCCCAUCACAGACAGCAAGACUGUGCGGGAGCAGCUCCUGCAGGAGAAGAAACUUUUGGAAGAGUGCGAUCGCAAUAAGGAGAAGGUGGAGGAGUGCCAGCGGUAUGCCAAGCAGUACAUAGAUGCCAUCAAGGAUUAUGAGUUGCAGCUGGUAACCUUCAAGGCACAGGUGGAGCCAGUGGCAUCUCCUGCCAAGAAGCCCAAAGUGCAGUCUGCAUCUGACAGCAUCAUCCAGGAGUAUGUGGACUUGCGGACGCGGUACAGCGAGCUGACCACUCUCACCAGCCAGUACAUCAAGUUCAUCACGGAGACUCUGCGGCGGCUGGAGGAGGAGGAGAAAGCAGCCGAGAAGCUGAAGGAGGAGGAGAGGAAGCGGCUGGCGGAGGUGGAGGCCCAGCUGGAGAAGCAGAGGCAGCUGGCUGAGGCCCACGCCAAAGCCAAGGCGCAGGCAGAGGCAGAGGCGCGGGAGCUACAGCUCCGCAUGCAGGAGGAGGUCACUCGGCGGGAGGUGGUGGCCGUGGAUGCCGAGCAGCAGAAGCAGAACAUCCAGCAGGAGCUGAUGCAGCUGCGGCAGAACUCUGACCACCAGAUUAAGUCUAAGGUCAAACUCAUUGAGGAGGCUGAGUACAACCGCAAGAAGGUGGAGGAGGAGAUCCGCCUCAUCCGCCUCCAGCUGGAGAGCACUGAGAAGCAGCGGGCCAGCGCUGAGACGGAGCUGCAGGAGCUGCGGGCGCGUGCUGAGGAUGCUGAGCGGCAGAAGAAGCAGGCGCAGGAAGAGGCUGAGCGCCUGCGCCGGCAGGUCAAGGAUGAGAGCCAGAAGAAGCGGGAGGCGGAGGAAGAGCUGAAGCGCAAGGUACAGGCCGAGAAAGAUGCAGCCCGGGAGAAGCAGAAGGCGAUGGCAGACCUGGAGAAGCUGCGGCUGCAGGCAGAGGAGGCCGAGCGGCGGAUGCGACAGGCGGAGCUGGAGAAAGAGCGGCAGAUCCAGGUGGCACAGGAGGUGGCCCAGCGGAGUGCCGAGGCCGAGCUGCAGAGCAAGCGCCUGUCCUUUGCAGAGAAGACAGCGCAGCUGGAGCUGUCCCUGCAGCAGGAGCACAUCACCGUGGCCCACCUGCAGGAGGAGGCCGAGCGGCUGAAGAAGCAGCAGCUGGAGGCCGAGCAAUCACGGGAGGAGGCUGAGAAGGAGCUGGAGCGGUGGCGGCAGAAAGCCAACGAGGCACUGCGUCUGCGGCUGCAAGCCGAGGAGGUGGCCCACAAGAAAACGCUGGCCCAGGAGGAGGCAGAGAAGCAGAAGGAGGAUGCAGAGCGGGAGGCCCGCAAGCGCGCUAAGGCUGAGGAGUCAGCCCUGCGGCAGAAGGAGCUGGCGGAGGAGGAGCUGGAGAAGCAGCGGCAAUUGGCAGAGGGCACAGCCCAGCAGAAGUUUGCGGCGGAGCAGGAGCUGAUCCGCCUGAAGGCAGAGAUGGAGAACGGGGAGCAACAGCGCCUGCUCCUUGAGGAGGAGCUCUUCCGUCUGAAGAACGAGGUGAGCGAGGCCAUCCAGAAGAGGAAGGAGGUGGAGGAGGAGCUGGCCAAGCUGCGGGCCGAGAUGGAGGUCCUGCUGGAGAGCAAGGCCAAGACGGAGGAGGAGUCGCGCUCCACCAGCGAGAAAUCCAAGCAGCGCCUGGAGGCCGAGGCCAGCAAGCUGCGGGAGCUGGCUGAGGAGGCUGCCCGGCUGCGAGCCCUCUCAGAGGAGGCCAAGAGGCAGCGGCAGUUGGCAGAGGAGGAGGCCAGCCGACAGCGGGCCGAGGCUGAACGCAUCCUCAAGGAGAAGCUGGCAGCCAUCAACGAGGCAUCGCGUCUAAAGGCAGAGGCGGAAAUUGCCCUGAAGGAGAAGGAGGCAGAAAAUGAGCGGCUGCGGCGGCUGGCAGAGGACGAGGCCUACCAGCGCAAGCUGCUGGAGGAGCAGGCUGCCCAGCACAAGCAGGACAUUGAGGAGAAGAUCGCCCUGCUGAAGCGGUCAUCGGAGAGCGAGCUGGAGCGGCAGAAGGGCAUUGUGGAUGACACGCUGAAGCAGCGGCGCCUUAUCGAGGAGGAGAUCCGCCUGCUGAAGAUCAACUUUGAGAAGGCAUCAGCGGGCAAGGCAGACUUGGAGCAGGAGCUGAGCCGCAUCCGCAGCGAGGCAGAGGAGGUCCAGCGCAUCCGGGAGCAGGCUGAGCGGGAAGCCGAGCGGCAGCGGGCCCUGGCGCUGGAGGAAGAGAGCCGACGGAGGGAGGCCGAGGAGAAGGUGCGGAACAUCGUGGCGGCUGAACAGGAGGCUGCGCGGCAGCGGCGGCUGGCCCUGGAGGAGGUGGAACGCCUGAAGGCCACAGUGGAGGAGGCUAAGCGGCAGAAGGAGCUGGCAGAGAAGGAGUCAGAACGGCAGAUCCAGCUGGCGCAGGAGGCAGCCCAAAAGCGCAUUGCAGCGGAGGAGAAGGCCCACCUGGCUGCCGUGCAGCAGAAGGAGCAGGAGCUGCUGCAGACACGGCGUCAGGAGCAGAGCAUGCUUGACCGGCUGCGGGAGGAGGCCGAGAGGGCCAAGCGGGCCGCAGAGGAGGCUGAGUUUGCACGCAGCAAGGCUGAGCAGGAUGCCAGCCUCUCUCGGCAGCGAGUGGAGGAGGCCGAGCGGCUGAAGCAGCGGGCAGAGGAGGAGGCGCAGGCCAAGGCGCAGGCCCAGGAGGAUGCAGAGAAGCUGCGUAAGGAGGCUGAGCUGGAGGCGGCAAAGCGGGCCCAGGCAGAGCAGGCAGCCCUGCGGCAGAAGCAACUGGCAGAUGCGGAGAUGGAGAAGCACAAGAAGUUUGCGGAGCAGACACUGCGGCAGAAGGCGCAGGUGGAGCAGGAGCUGACCAAGGUGAAGCUGCAGCUGGAGGAGACAGACCAUCAGAAGGGCAUCCUGGACGAGGAGCUGCAGCGGCUGAAGGAGGAGGUGACAGAUGCCAUCAGGCAGAAGGCCCAGGUGGAGGAGGAGCUCUUCAAGGUCCGGGUGCAGAUGGAGGAGCUGGCAAAGCUGAAGAGCCGAAUUGAGGAAGAGAACAAAGCACUAAUCCUCAAGGACAAGGACAACACACAGAAGUUCUUGGCAGAGGAAGCUGAGAAGAUGAAGCAGGUAGCAGAGGAGGCUGCACGGCUCAGCGUGGAGGCCCAGGAGGCUGCCCGCAUGCGGAAGCUGGCUGAGGAUGACCUGGCACAGCAGCGGGCAUUGGCAGAGAAGAUGUUGAAGGAGAAGAUGCAAGCGGUGCAGGAGGCCACACGGCUGAAGGCCGAGGCAGAAGUACUGCAGAAGCAGAAGGACCUGGCGCAAGAGCAUGCCAAACGGCUGCAGGAGGACAAAGAGCAGAUGCAGCAGCGGCUGGCUGAGGAGACUGAGGGCUUCCAGAAAACCCUGGAGGCUGAGCGCCGACGGCAGCUGGAGAUCACUGCUGAGGCCGAGCGCCUCAAGCUGCAUGUGGCGGAGAUGAGCAUGGCUCAGGCCAAGGCUGAGGAGGAGGCCAAGCGGUUCAAGAAGCAGGCAGAGGAGAUCAGUGGGAGGCUGCACGAGACUGAGCUGGCCACACAGGAGAAGAUGACACUAGUGCACACCCUGGAGAUACAGCGACAGCAGAGCGACCAGGAUGCAGAGAAACUGCGGAGGGCCAUUGCUGACCUGGAGAAGGAGAAGGAGAAGCUGAAGCAGGAGGCGGCCUUGCUGCAGCAGAAGGCGGAGGAGAUGCAGGUGGCCCAGCAGGCGCAGCUCCGCCAGGAGACGCAGAUUCUUCAGCAGACCUUCCUGACAGAGAAGGAUGCCCUGCUCCAAAAGGAGAAGUUCAUUGAGGAGGAGAAAACUAAGUUGGAGAAGCUCUUCCAGGAUGAGGUGAAUAAAGCGAAGAAUCUGAAGGCAGAACAAGAGCGGCAGCAGAAGGAGAUGGAGCAAGAAAAGCAACAGCUGAAGGCCAUGCUGGAUGACGCCAAGAAGCAUCAGAAGGAAGCAGAGGAAAAUGUCCGGCACAAGCAGGAGGAGCUGCAGCAACUGGAGAGACAGCGGCAGCAGCAGGAAAAACUCCUUGAAGAGGAGAACAAGAAGCUCAGGGAGAGGCUUGAGCAGAUGCAGGAAGAGCACAAGGCUGCCCUGGCCCAGACACGAGAGAUCAUGAUUCAGACAGAUGACCUGCCUGAGGAGGUUGUGGUUACGACAACGCAGCUGAUGGACAUCAAAGCUGUGCCCAAUGGCAGAGAUGUAGUGGAUGGCAUAGCACAGAAUGGGGAGCCAGAGUUUGCGUUUGAUGGCAUCCGCCAGAAGGUGUCUGCGGAGAAGCUGGCUGAGGCUGGCAUUUUGAGCAAGGAGAGCUUAGACAAGUUGGCAAAGGGUGUUGUGAGUGUUGGUGAGCUCUCGCAGAGGGAAGACAUCAAGAAGUAUCUGCAGGGCAAGAGCAGCAUUGCUGGUUUGUUAAUCAAACCUGCCAAUCAAAAGAUGAGUAUUUAUGAAGCCAUGAAGAAAAAGCUGCUCACUCCAGGCACUGCACUGGUCCUUCUGGAAGCACAGGCUGCCUCUGGCUUCAUAAUUGACCCUGUACAAAAUAGGAGGCUGUCAGUGAAUGAAGCAGUGAGAGAAGGAGUGAUUGGGCCAGAACUGCACAAUAAAAUGCUGUCUGCUGAACGGGCAGUAACUGGCUACAAAGAUCCUUAUACAGGAGACAAGAUCUCCCUCUUCCAGGCCAUGUCAAAGGAGCUUAUUGUUAGGGACCAUGGCAUCCGUCUACUUGAGGCCCAGAUCGCCACGGGCGGCAUCAUUGACCCUGUCAACAGCCACCGCCUCCCCGUUGAAGCUGCCUACAAACGAGGCUACUUCAAUGAGGAGAUGAAUGAAGUCCUCUCUGACCCUACAGAUGACACCAAGGGCUUUUUCGACCCCAACACGCAGGAGAACCUCACCUAUCUGCAGCUCAUGGAGCGGUGUGUGACUGACCCAGACACAGGGCUGUGCCUCCUACCACUCACUGACCAGGCAGCCAAAGCAAGAGAGCUGCUCUACACUGACAAAGAAGCCAAGGAUGUCUUUAAGAAGGCUACAGUGAUGGCACCAUUUGGCAAGUUCCAAGGGAAAACAGUGACCAUCUGGGAGAUCAUCAACUCUGAAUACUUCACUGAGGACCAAAGGCGAGACCUGAUCCAGCAAUACAGGACUGGCAAGAUCACGGUGGAGAAGAUCAUUAAGAUUAUCAUCACGGUUGUGGAGGAAAGUGAGAAAAAGAGCCAGAUGUUAUUUGAAGGGCUCCGGGCGCCUGUGCCUGCUGCUGAGCUGCUGGAAAGCAAAAUCAUCAACAAAGACCUCUACAACCAGCUGCACCAGGGCAAGAAGUCCGUGCAGGAUGUGUCAGAGAUGGAAUCUGUGAGGCAGUACCUGAAGGGCACAGAUGCCAUUGCUGGCAUCCUAGUGGAGUCAACCAGCCAGAAGUUCACCUUCUAUGAUGCCUUGAAGAGAAACCUGCUGAAGCCAGAGAUUGCCCUGUCCUUGCUGGAGGCGCAGGCUGCCACAGGCUAUAUCAUUGACCCUGUGAAGAACAAGCUGUAUUCUGUUGAUGAGGCAGUGAAGGCUGAGACUGUGGGGCCAGAGUUUCAUGAGAAGCUGCUGUCUGCAGAGAAGGCUGUGACUGGCUACAAGGAUCCCUACACAGGCCAGACGGUUUCCCUCUUCCAAGCACUCAAGAAAGGCCUCAUCCCCACCGACACUGGGGUCCGUCUGCUGGAUGUCCAGCUUGCCACUGGUGGUAUCAUUGAUCCCGUGAACAGCCACCGGCUUCCACUUGAGGUUGCCUACAAGCGAGGCCACUUUGACCCAGAGAUGAACUCAGCUCUGUCUGCACUGCUAGAGGAGGCCAAAGCUUUCUAUUGUCCCAACACUCAGGAAAACCUCACCUAUGCCCAACUGCAGAAGAACUGCCACCGUGACAAGCAGACUGGCCUCUACCUACUGCCUCUCUCAGACAAAGCUAUCCAGUCACAGCAGGAGGAGAUCUACACAGACAGCCAGGCAAAGGAGUGCUUCGAGAAGGCAACUGUAGAGGUCCCAUCAGGCAGCCUGAAGGGCCAGACGGUGACCAUAUGGGAGCUGAUACACUCAGAGUACUUCACAGAGGAACACAGGCAGGAGCUUCUCCGGCAGUACAAGACUGGCAAGGUGACCAUUGAGAAGAUCAUCAAGAUCAUGAUUACCAUCAUCGAGGAGACAGAGACCAAGAAGCAGGAGAAGCUGACGUUCAGUGGUCUCCGGGCACCCGUGUCUGCUAGUGAGCUGGUGGAAUCCUGCAUCAUCAGCAAAGCCCAAUACGAGCAACUGAAGGAAGGCAAGAAAUCAGUGAAGGACCUCUCUGAGACAGAUUCAGUUAAGAGAUACCUGCAGGGGAGUGACUGCAUUGCAGGCAUCUAUGUGGAGGCAACCAAAGAGAAGCUAAACAUCUACGAGGCCAUGAAAAGGAACCUGCUGAGGCCAAGCACUGCCGUGGUUCUACUGGAGGCCCAAGCUGCAACUGGAUUCCUGAUUGAUCCUGUGAAGAAUCGGAGGCUGUACGUCAAUGAGGCAGUGAAGGCUGGCGUCAUUGGGCCCGAGUUGCAUGAGAAGCUGCUGUCUGCCGAGAAGGCGGUCACUGGAUACAAGGACCCCUACUCGGGAAACACCAUCUCCCUCUUUGAGGCUAUGAAGAAAGGACUUAUCGUCAAAGAGCAUGGCAUCCGCCUGCUUGAAGCCCAAAUUGCCACAGGGGGCAUCAUUGACCCUGUGCACAGUCACCGUGUCCCUGUGGAGGUGGCCUAUAAGCGGGGCUAUCUUGAUGAGGAAAUGAACCGGAUCCUUUCUGACCCCACAGAUGACACCAAGGGCUUCUUUGACCCUAACACUCAUGAGAACCUCACCUACAUGCAGCUGAAGAAGAGGUGCAUUGAGGACCCUGAGACGGGCCUGUACUUAUUGCCCCUGCGUGAGCCAGAGAAGCCUACGGUGGUGGAGACCACCCAGGUGUACACAGAGGCAGAAACACGGAAGGUGUUUGAGGAGACGCAGGUGGACAUCCCUGUGGGCAGCAGGGCAGGCUCUUCCAUGUCACUGUGGGAGAUCAUGAACUCAGACCUGCUGCCUGAGGAGCAGCGGAAGCAUCUCAUGGAGGAGUUCCAGUCAGGCCGUGUGUCCAAGGAGCGCAUGAUCAUCAUCAUCAUCGAGAUCAUUGAGAAGACUGAGAUCAUCCGGCAGCAGAACCUCACCUCCUACGACUAUGUCCGGCGCCGCAUCACGGCUGAGGACCUCUACGAGGCCACAAUCAUCUCCCUGGACAUCUACAACCUGCUGAAGCAGGGCUCCAAGACCAUCCGGGAGCUCCUGGACAUAGAGACCGUCUGGAAACACCUCUAUGGGUCAGGCUGUGUUGCCGGCAUCUACAUCCCCUCCUCCAAGCAGAAACUCAGUAUCUACCAGGCUUUGAAGAAGGGGCUGAUCAGCUCUGAAGUGGCCCGCUCUCUCUUGGAAGCCCAGGCUGCAACUGGUUUCAUGAUUGAUCCUAUAAAGAACGAGAGGCUGACAGUUGACGAAGCAGUCAGGAAAGGUGUAGUGGGGCCAGAAAUCCAUGACCGGCUCCUCUCUGCAGAGAGGGCUGUGACUGGUUACAGAGAUCCAUACAGCGAGCAGAAGAUUUCCCUCUUCCAGGCCAUGAAGAAAGACCUCAUUCCCAGUGAAGAGGCCCUGAAGCUUCUGGAUGCCCAGAUAGCCACUGGCGGUGUCAUUGAUCCACACCUUGGCUUCCACCUUCCCCUGGAGAUGGCCUACCAGCGGGGCUUCAUCAACAAGGAGACCUACGACAUGCUCUCCGAGCCCAGUGAGGUGCGGAGCUAUGUCGACCCCUCCACAGAUGAGAAGCUCAGCUACACACAGCUCCUGAAGCGGUGCCGGAAGGAUGAGAACAGUGGGCUUCUGCUGCUCCCACUGUGCGACACGAGGAAGCUCACCUUCCGGGGGCUACGGAAGCAGAUCACCGUGGAGGAGCUGGUCCGCUCACAGGUAAUGGAUGAAGCCACAGCCCAGCGCCUCCAGGAGGGCCUCACCUCCAUUGAGGAGGUCUCCAAGAACCUGAAGAAGUUUCUGGAGGGCACAAGCUGCAUUGCUGGUGUCUUUGUGGACUCCACAAAGGAGCGGCUGUCUGUAUACCAAGCCAUGAAGAAGGGUAUCAUCAGGCCAGGCACUGCAUUUGAGCUCCUGGAGGCGCAGGCAGCCACAGGGUAUGUGAUUGACCCUAUCAAGGGCCUCAAGUUGACUGUGGAGGAGGCCGUGCGGAUGGGCAUCGUGGGCCCUGAGUUCAAGGACAAGCUGCUCUCUGCUGAGAGGGCAGUAACCGGCUACCGUGAUCCCUACACCGGAAAGCUCAUCUCCCUCUUCCAGGCCAUGAAGAAGGGGUUGAUCCUGAAGGAUCAUGGGAUCCGCUUGCUGGAGGCCCAGAUCGCAACAGGAGGCAUCAUUGAUCCUGAGGAGAGCCACCGCCUACCUGUGGAGAUAGCUUACAAGAGGGGCCUCUUUGAUGAGGAGAUGAAUGAGAUCCUGCUGGAUCCCAGCGAUGACACCAAAGGCUUCUUUGACCCCAACACAGAGGAGAACUUAACCUAUCUGCAACUAAUGGAGCGGUGCAUCACUGACCCAGAAACCGGUCUUUGCCUCCUACCCCUGAAGGAGAAGAAACGGGAGAGGAAGACCUCCUCCAAGUCCUCUGUCCGCAAGCGCAGGGUGGUGAUUGUUGACCCAGAAACUGGCAAGGAGAUGUCGGUGUAUGAAGCCUACCGCAAGGGCCUCAUUGAUCACCAGACCUACCUAGAGCUGUCAGAGCAGGAGUGCGAGUGGGAGGAGAUCACCACCUCCUCCUCUGAUGGCGUGGUCAAGUCCAUGAUCAUCGACAGACGCUCAGGGCGCCAGUACGACAUUGAUGAUGCCAUUGGCAAGGGCCUGAUCGACCAGUCAGCUCUGGACCAAUACCGCUCGGGCACCCUCUCCAUCACCGAAUUUGCAGACAUGCUCUCUGGCAACAUGAGUGGCUUCCGGUCACGGUCAUCCUCUGUGGGGUCGUCCUCCUCCUACACCGUCAGCCCAGCCCCCACGCGAACGCAGAUAUCAAUGUGGAGCGACCCAACCGAGGAGACUGGGCCAGUUGCUGGCAUCCUGGACACAGACACUCUGGAGAAGGUGUCCAUCACGGAGGCGAUGCGCCGAAAUCUUGUAGACAACAUCACGGGGCAGAGGCUGCUGGAAGCCCAAGCCUGCACCGGGGGCAUCAUCGACCCCAGCACUGGGGAUAAAUGCUCUGUUGCUGAUGCAGUGAGCAAGGGCCUGGUGGACAAAAUCAUGGUGGACCGCAUCAACCUUGCUCAGAAGGCCUUCUAUGGCUUUGAAGACCCAAGAACCAAGACGAAGAUGUCAGCAGCCCAGGCACUGAAGAAGGGCUGGCUGUACUAUGAGGCUGGGCAGCGCUUUCUGGAGGUGCAGUACCUGACAGGGGGGUUGAUCGAACCUGAUGUCGAAGGUCGUGUCUCCUUGGAUGACGCAUUGCAGAAGGGCACCAUCGACACGCGCACGGCCCAGAAGCUGCGGGAUGUGAACACCUACUCCAAGUAUCUCACCUGCCCCAAAACCAAGCUCAAGAUCUCCUACAAGGACGCGAUGGACCGGAGCAUGAUUGAAGAUGGGACAGGCCUGCGACUGCUGGAAGCCUCCUCCCAGUCCAGCAAAGGCUACUAUAGCCCUUACAACGUUAGCAGCGCUGGCUCCACCUCCGGCUCGAGGUCGGGCUCCCGGACGGGGUCCAGGGCAGGCUCGAGGCGUGGGAGCUUUGAUGCCACCGGCUCUGGCUUCUCCAUGACCUUCUCGUCCUCCUCCUACUCUUCCUCAAGCUUUGGGCGCAGAUAUGUGUUGGGUCCCCAGAGUGCUGUGGAUGCAGGAGACCUUGCGCUCGCCUUGUCCCACCUGAACAGGAGCUGUGGAUGGGAGGCAGGCAGGAAGUGCUCUGAACUGCACGGGCCACCGCUCAGUGUGGCAUAAAGUCCCCUCCCUGCCCCUCCCCAUGUACUGAGGAACCUGCCCUCCUCUCCUGCUCUGCAUGUGGUAAAGCUGCUGGCUAAUCACUCUAUUAUUUUUUUAAUUUUUAAACUCCAUUUUUCUUCCAAAGCAGUGCCUAAAGUUUAACCAAAAAGACUAGACUAAUAUAUUAAUAUAUAAGAUUGUUCUGACAGUAUUUGUAUAUUAAGAGAUGAGAGAGAAAACACACUACCCUCCCAAGAUCUGCAGCCCCAGGAGCUUGCUGCCGUUCGUGCCCUCUGCAGAGCAGAUCCCGCCCAGCCGGUCCCGCCGCCGCUCGGACACCGCGAGGCAGAACCUGAAAACAGUUCCGUGUUUUUGAUCUAACCACUAAGCGACUCUUUUGUAAUUAACUCCACCGGCUUCCCCCUGCACCCCGAAGGAGGAGACGGCGCUGUGCACGCACCAGCCCCUGCGAGCCGCGCGGCGCCGGGGCAUCCCGUGCCCUCGGAGGCCGGGGUGGACCUCCGCGCGCCGGCUCCGGAGCUGCCGCCUGGACCCUCGUCCCGAGCCGCGGCGAGGCGAGGGGGGGACGCUCCCGCGCCGCCCGCUCCCGCGCCCCGGCUCUGCCCCAGGACGUCCCCGCGGAGCCGGCGCCACCACAUCUUUUUCCAGCCCCGCCAAGGACGUCCCUUCGCCCCUGGGCGAGCUCCUUAGCUGGGUCUCCGGCGUUAGCAAGUCUUGGAUCAGCGCG